CUUCUUCCUCUCUUCUCACUGGAUGAUUAAAUUUGAUUGUUGGUCUGCCAGUUUAGCUUACGAAUCAACAGGAACAACAAUCUAAAUUUUCUUGUCCUCAUUUUCUGGUUACCAACUUGAUCAUCAUCUUUUUUUCGGGUUCCUCACUGGUUACCUUUUAUUUUCUUUUUCUUCUGUUGCCUGUAGCAAUCAACGAAUAAUCAGAAAAAUAUAAAUAACUUGUGUUACCAUCAAACAGCUAAAUUGUUGUGUAAAAAAAAACUCAAACCUUAAUUCAAUCAGAAACAUAAUCAACUUUACACAUCCUGAUACACUUUUUGUUUAUCCGGUGAUAGUUGAUUUUGUUUACUAUCAACAUCAGUGAUUUGAAAUAUCGCCGUUUUUGUGAAUUUGUGUUUAUUUUCAACAGUUAUAUCGCCAUCUUUGGUCAUCUAAUAUGGCGACAACAAGUGAAGGUCCAACCAUUUGUAUUAUCGGAAGUGGGGCCACCGGAAUCAACGCAAUUAAAGUUUGUCGUGAAGAAAAUUUCAAUGUUGUUUGUUAUGAACAAUCAAAUUUCCUUGGUGGUUUAUGGAAAUAUCGAGAUGAUGAUGUCGAUGGAUUAGCUUCUGUGAUGAGGUCAACAAUCAUCAACUCGUCGAAAGAAAUGUCCGCCUACUCGGAUUAUCCUCCACCGGCAGAAUUUGCCAAUUACAUGCACAACACAGCGAUGUAUCAAUAUUUUGAAAUGUAUGCUGAACACUUUGGUGUCCGAAAAUUUAUUGAAUUUGAAACCAAAGUGAUUAAAGUUGAACCCGCUGAGGAUUACGAAGCCACUGGACGUUGGAAGGUCACAAGUCAACAUCUCAAAACCAAGGAGAUUAAAAGCAAAGUAUUCGACGGGGUAAUGGUCUGCACUGGACAUCACGUUAAACCCUUACGACCAACAUUCAAAGGGGAAGAGAAAUUCAAAGGUCGUAUAAUCCAUACACAUGGAUACAAAAAGCCGAACCCAUUUGAAAACGAAACCGUUGUCGUUGUUGGAAUCGGUAAUUCUGGUGGCGAUGCUGCAGUUGAGCUCUCAAUGUUUUCCAAGAAGGUGUAUCUUUCCACUCGACGAGGAGCUUGGAUUUUAUGGCGAGUUGGUCCACAAGGAAAUCCCUUUGAUUCUGAAUUUAUUACUCGAUUUUGUUUCACUUUAUUCAAUUACACACCUUACAGGGUGAAGUGCAGCUUCGUUGAGCACUAUUUGAACGACCGAUUUGACCAUAAAUUAUAUCGAGUAGAACCCGAUCAUCGAGUCUUUGGUCAGCACCCAAUGGUCAACGAUGCUUUACCCAACCGGAUACUUUCAGGAACCGUUGUACUUAAAAAUGAUAUUCAAGAGUUUACCGAGGACGGAAUCAUCUUCGAAGGUGAAUCCAAGGUGACUAAAUGUGAUUCCGUCAUUCUGGCCACAGGAUAUGAGGUUUCAUUUCCCUUCCUUGAUUCAUCAAUCGUCUGGACCUCUGAGAAUCAUGUUGAACUUUACAAAUACAUGUUCCCACCAAAACUAAAACACCCUCACACCCUUGGACUCAUCGGCUUGAUCCAAGCCGUUGGACCAGCUAUCCCAGUCUCUGAACAACAGUCCCGCUGGUUUGUUCAACUCAUGAAAGGUAGAUGUAGAUUACCAAGUGUACCUGUAAUGAUGAAGGAUAUCGACGAGAAAAAUGCCGAAAUCGAGUCACGAUAUUUUAAAGGUCCACGACACACCAUGCAAAUCGAUUGGGUCAAUUACAUGGACGAAAUUGCUGAACAAUAUGGAGCUAAGCCUAACUUGUGGAAAUAUUUUUUCACCGAUCCCGCGUUUUGGUACAAACUUUACUUUGGACCUUGUUUACCUUACCAGUAUCGUAUUGAGGGUCCACAUAAAUGGUCGGGCGCUCGAAAAGCGAUCAUGACGGUCAAUGAAAGGAUCGACGCUGCGUUUGCCACUCGAUCUCUUAAACUGUCCAAAAAGAGUCCACUCAAAGCACCAAAGGCCGGACCAAUGUACGCACUUAUCGCUUCUCUCGGUUCGGUGCUUUUCGUUUUUCGGGCUUACCUGCGAAAAUACCUGCAACAAGAUCACUGGCGCUACCUUGCUGGUGCUUCGGCCAUUCUAAUUACGCUAAUUACUAUUCUUAAUUAUACACUUUAAUUGCUCAUAAUACUUAAUUUCUUGAUCUUUUCUUUAUCCCUGUUAACAGGAAAAUUGAUCACAAAGUUUUGAACAUUUGAUUAGAUUCAAUUGUCACAAUCAACUUUGGCAUUUUCUCAUCUUGAUCAUCAUUUGUUGUUGUUUUUCAUUGAGAAACUGAAGAGUUAAUCAACAAUUAAUUUCUACUAUUUAAUUGCGUAAAAAAAAGAGGAAAACACAAUUUAAAUCAGUUGAUAUUUACAAGAUGAUUACAGUUAAUUAUUAUCAUGGCUUUUUAAUUUUCACAUUCACAUCUUGUACCAUAAUUGUGAUUGUCAAUUGUUAUCAAUUGUUGCGAAAACAAAUUGUAUUAUUAUUGAUAUUUUUUUCAUCAUCAAAUUAAAUUUAUUUUGUUACACAAUUUAAACAUAUAA